AUGGCCGGUGCCGUCAACGGAGUCGACAAGCGCGACACCUUCCUUUUCACCUCCGAAUCAGUCGGUGAAGGCCACCCUGACAAGAUCGCCGAUCAGGUCUCAGACGCUAUUCUCGAUGCCUGCUUGAGAGAAGACCCUUUCUCCAAGGUCGCUUGCGAGACCGCCACCAAGACUGGCAUGAUCAUGGUCUUUGGAGAGAUCACCACCAAAGCCCGCCUUGACUACCAGAAGGUCAUCCGUGACGCCAUCAAGGACAUCGGCUACGAUUCGUCUGAAAAGGGCUUUGAUUACAAGACAUGCAACGUCCUCGUCGCCAUCGAACAGCAGUCCCCCGAUAUCGCUCAAGGUCUACACUAUGAUGAAGAGUUGGAAAAGCUGGGUGCCGGUGACCAAGGUAUCAUGUUCGGUUAUGCUACCGACGAGACUCCGGAACUUCUGCCUCUGACCGUCAUCCUGGCACACAAGCUCAACUCUGCCAUGAUUGAUGCCCGCAAGUCGGGUGAGCUUCCUUGGUUGCGACCAGACACAAAGACCCAAGUCACCGUCGAAUAUGCCCACGAUGGUGGUGCCGUCAUUCCCCUGAGAGUGGACACUGUUGUCGUCUCCGCCCAACACUCACCAGACAUUACCACGGAAGAUCUACGAAAGGAGAUCAAGGAGAAGAUCAUCAAGCGGGUUAUUCCUGCCAAGUACCUCGACGACAAGACCGUCUAUCACAUUCAGCCCUCCGGUCUCUUCAUCAUUGGUGGUCCUCAAGGUGAUGCCGGUCUCACUGGCCGUAAGAUCAUCGUCGACACCUACGGUGGCUGGGGCGCCCACGGUGGUGGUGCUUUCUCUGGUAAGGAUUACAGCAAGGUCGACCGAUCAGCCGCCUACCUCGCCCGAUGGAUCGCCAAGUCCCUCGUCAAGGCCGGACUCGCUCGCCGUGCUCUCGUCCAACUGUCCUAUGCCAUCGGUAUCGCCGAGCCACUGUCCCUGUUUGUCGAGACAUACGGAACCAGCAGCAAGAGCAGUGCCGAACUCGUCCAGAUCAUCCGGGACAACUUCGACCUCCGACCUGGUGUCAUUGUCAAGGAGUUGAACCUCACCAACCCUAUCUACUGCAAGACGGCCAAGAACGGUCACUUCACCAACCAGAGCUUCACCUGGGAACAACCCAAAGAACUGAAGUUCUAA